AGGGGCUUUAUUCGCACGGCAGGAUUUGUUAAACAUUCGUUUAUUCCAGCAUCUGGAUUUUUGCCCGACUUUUUUCAGUCUUUAAGUAAUAGGAAUGCGUCUGUUCUAAAUGAUAUUUCUAAAGAUGACGCUUUUGUCGAUUCAAUGGCAUUUAAGUUUGAGAUGGAUAUGGAAGAUGGUCCAGGCACCCUCGAACGUGAAAAAGAAACGGCGACCGAAUCGGUUGAGGUUGAUCCGAAAUUAGCAGAUAUCGAAACUCUUUAUGGAUUCAUUCGGUUUCAAUCCUUUGAUGGGUUUUUCAAGCCAACCGCAGAAUUUUCGGAAUUCUUUUCACGGGGAAAAGACCAGAAUUUGUUCCACGGCAAGGAUCAAGACUCUGUUUGGUCCACUUGUAUUGCGCUGGCUUAUCUUGAAACUGUAAUGAAAGAUUUCAAGGAAGAGUGGGAAUUGUGUUAUGAAAAAGCGCAGACGGCAUUGAAUGAGUUGAGUGGGUAUGAUUCGAGUGAAAAGAUGAUGCAAGAUGCUAGAAAGUGGGUUACGGAGUGGCAUGCUUAA